UUAUUUUGCUGUGGUUGAAGGAUUUUGUAUGGAUGGAAGUGAUUUAAUUCGACGAUCCAACAUCUGCAAGAUCAUGUGCUUGUUUUUUUGAAGCUAACUGGAAAAAAUGACUCAUUUUCAAGUGACAUGUAGCCUGGCAUUCAUACUUUUUUUCACCAUUAUUUGUUCUGCAUUUGCUAUUUCUUACUCUGAAGAAUCAAAAAACAUAUGUAUUUCACAAAAAGUACAUAACAGCUACUGCAAAUGUGAUACUCUUGUCCCUUUAGAAAGCAUCAUAUCACAUGACGGCUAUGAUUUUAAGUUGAUAUGUUUGGAAGAUGAUGCUUUAAGUGCUGCAAAUAAGGCAGCACGUUCACAAAAGAUAUCUGUACGAGAACUUGUUGCUUCCAAUGGUACUGUAAAAGUUGUCCAACAUGACGACCUCAGACAUUUUCCAAAUUUGAAACAUCUGAAUCUCUCUCACAAUCAAAUUAUGUCAAUUCAGGAUGAAGCUUUCAAAUUUCAAAACUACUUAGAAGUCUUAGAUUUAUCAUGGAAUAACUUAUCGGCUGUUCCAGACAGAGUGUUUGAGGGCUUGAAAUUUUUAAGAAACCUCUCACUUGCUCAUAACAAAUUACAAGCCAUUGAAAAUAAAAUUUUCGAUGACUUUUGUUCACUUGAAUUUCUUGAUCUUUCUCACAAUCAUCUUACUGCUGUUGAUAAUAUUUGGAUGACGGAUUUGAUAAAUUUGAAAAUCUUGUUGCUGAAUAACAAUAACAUAAGUUUCAUUGAUAGUUUCCAUCUCCUUCAUCUUGAAAAGCUGGAUUUGUCCUACAACAGUUUAACUACAAUACCAAACGUUGCAUUUUACCGCCUGAAGAAUCUCAAAUUCUUAUCUCUUGCCAUGAAUGAAUUGAAAACGCUGAAUGAAAGUGUAUUCAAAGGAAAUGUGAUGUUGGAAAAAGUAAAUUUAACUGGUAACCUAUGGGUAUGCGAUAGAAAAUUAUUGCCUCUAAAUGACUGGCUCAAGAAAUAUGAAGCUUACAAGGAAGGAGCAUUAUGCAUUGAACCUCCUGAUUUACACAACUAUACAGUGCAACAAGGGUUAGAAAUUUUGUAUCUUGGGCUUAAAAUUGCUGAAAGUCCCAUUUGUAAUGAAACCAUGUGUAAUUGUACAAUUUCUAAGGACAAACUUGUUAUUACUGUGGAUUGUAGUAAUAAGGGAUUUGUCAGGUUACCUGAAAUAGUUCCAUAUAAAACUAAAGUACUAAAUUUGUAUAAUAAUAACAUAAAAUCUCUGACAACUGACCACAUUGAUGCAGUACUGUGGUCAGAUGUAUCAUUUCUGUAUCUAAAUAAUAAUGUUAUUGAUUCUUUAAAAGGGUUAGAAGGCACUUGGUUAUUAAGAAAUUUAGUUGCAUUACAUCUUUCUAAUAAUCAACUGACUGAGAUUCCUAUACACAUUUUGGAACAGUUUCGUGGAGGACUACUUGAUGAGUUGUAUUUAUCAGGAAAUCCUUGGAAUUGUGAUUGUAACACUGUUCGAUUUCAAACGUGGUUGCAAGAUAAUUAUAGAUCCGUUCGUAAUUUUGACGGCAUUUGUUGCUCUCCUGAUAGUGGUCUGUACUCGAACCAGCCAAUAUAUCGGUUAAAAAAGUCACAACUUUGUCCACAACAAGUCCAGUUAGUUAAUUAUCUUGAUAUUUUAAAUACUUUGAUGGCAAUUGCAAUUCUUGUUAUUAUUAUUAAGUUGUCGUAUGAUUACUGGUUGCAAAAGAGAACUGGGAAACUUCCACGAUUUUUCAGCUUAAACUUGAUGUAA